AUGCCGUCACAAGCGGAUGACAAGCGCCAAGCUGCGCGCGAGGUCAUCGACAUUCUCCACGAGAUCUCUACCCUCCUGAACACUCACCUGGACCGAACAGAAUUGUCGCUGUGUGUAUCGUUGGUCGAGAAUGGAGUUAACCCCGAUGCUCUCGCGACCGUGAUUCAGGACCUGCGUAAAGAGACUGGUACUUCCAAACGCGGCGUGUCAAAUGUGCCAGCUACUGCGGAUUGA